GGAAGAGGAAGGGGAAGAGGAAGAGGAGAGAAAGAGAAGAAAACCCGGAUGUUUUUUGCCCGAGGAAUGACUGUGGUAACUCCGCUUGGCGCAUGCGUAAGGAGGGGUUGAGGACGUACACCAAACCACCGAGUGAUGGAGAAGAGUUUCCAGUCUUAUCAUCGUGACUGUGGUGCAGAACUUUCAACAUGCCAGCAGCACUUGCAGAAAACAGUCAGGUGAUCUGUGAAGUGUGGGCAAACAAUCUAGAAGAAGAGAUGAGGAAAAUUCGAGAAAUUGUUCUCAGCUACAGCUAUAUUGCAAUGGACACAGAGUUUCCUGGAGUUGUUGUUCGACCCAUCGGUGAAUUUCGUAGCUCUAUUGACUAUCAGUAUCAACUGCUCCGGUGUAAUGUCGAUCUUCUGAAAAUCAUCCAAUUGGGCCUGACUUUCACAAAUGAGAAAGGAGAAUAUCCUGCUGGAAUCAACACCUGGCAGUUUAACUUCAAAUUCAACCUUACGGAAGAUAUGUAUUCUCAAGAUUCUAUAGACCUUCUUGCAAGCUCCGGGCUGCAGUUCCAGAAGCACGAGGAGGAAGGGAUUGAUACCUUGCAUUUUGCAGAGCUGCUUAUGACCUCGGGUGUAGUGCUUUGUGACAAUGUCAAAUGGCUUUCAUUUCACAGUGGCUAUGACUUCGGUUAUAUGGUAAAACUGCUGACAGAUUCAAGGCUUCCAGAAGAAGAGCAUGAAUUCUUUCAUAUCCUGAACCUUUUCUUCCCAUCCAUAUAUGAUGUUAAGUAUUUAAUGAAGAGCUGCAAAAAUCUGAAGGGAGGUCUUCAAGAAGUUGCUGACCAGCUAGAUUUGCAGCGGAUUGGACGGCAGCACCAAGCUGGAUCAGACUCUCUACUCACAGGGAUGGCAUUCUUCAGAAUGAAAGAGUUGUUCUUUGAGGAUACAAUUGAUGAUGCAAAGUACUGUGGGAGACUAUAUGGCCUUGGUACCGGAGUGGCUCAGAAACAGAGUGAAGAUGUAGAAACAGCCCAAGAAAAAAUGAGUAUUUUGGCUAUCAUCAACAAUAUGCAGCAGUGACAAGUAGGUCUCAUUUUACUCAUGGGACCAUGGGGGUAAACUGCCUCCUUAAAACUGUCUCACAUCUCUUAAACAAAUGGCAAAACUGCUAGAGUUUUUGUAGAGGGCAAAAGCAUCUUUAUGUCAAACCCCAGAAGAUGCUGAUCAGGUGAUUUCAUAAUUGUUGAAAUAGUAUUUUGCCUCUAUGUAAAAACCAGAGGGACAAGUUACAAUGUAUAUACCUCUUUUCUUUUAAACCAGAUUGAAUUUGCAAGGCGUAAAUUCAUUUCAGAACUUUCAGCAGAGCUGCAGUUCUCUCAUGCACUUGCAGAUUCAGCUUUUGAAAGCUUAUUUUAAAACUUCUUUUGCUCUCUGUGAGGGUGAUGUGUUUUUCAGCCCUCUGCUAGUUUUUACCUUUUGUGUAAGUCAGUUUGUGACCAUUCAACCCUGGUGGUGGAGAUAAUGCAUGAAGAUCAGUCUUAGUAGCAGUAAUGGUUGUAUUGGCUAGCACCUCCUUCCUUUAGAUUGCUGCACCGUGGAGUAUUAUAUUACGUUUAAUCUUUACUGUAGAUUGGAACAAAGUUGUCUGCAUGCUUGAGACUGCAAUUAACAGUCUGGACCAAAACUAUUUCAGUUGCUUGGUUUCACUUCAAGUGAAAUACUUUCCCCUUCUAAUAACUGGAGGUUCUUAAGUGAAUAAAAUUAAUGUUGUAUUUAAAAUUUUACAACCAGUGAAAGUUAAAGCUUCUAGGUUUCCCUUUUAUACUACAUUACAGCCCCAGGUUGUUGAAAAUGGCUAUAGAGUAAGAAGCAAGUCUGAUACAGUCCUGAAAGCCAAAGGAAGGUGACAAGUCUGGUAUUUUAACAAGCUUAAACUCUCCACUGUGCACAUAUUUUGCGAGCUGGUGUUGAAAAUGCUUGUGUGUAUAUAUUAUUGGUUCUUAAUUUUGUAAAAUAAAGACUUUUUUCUUAA